AUGGACGCCAACAGAGUUCAAGAACAGAGCAAAGAGCUCGUCAACAAGUUGCUUUCGGGCGACCCUGCCGACGUCUCGGACGCUGUCAACCAAUAUUUCAAGGCAAGCUUCUCCGACGCUGCGCUCCGCACCAGCCACGUCGACAUCCAUGGCGCCGACCGCAUCAAGCAGCUCGGUCGUCUCAGCGGUCUCAUCCGUUCGAAAAAAGGCAAGAUUGUCGAAGCGCCAAAGUUCGACGAAAAGUCCAAGACCGUCCGAUACUCCGCUACCCUGCCAUACACCUCUCCAAGGCUUCCAUCCUACAUCCCUCUCAGCGCGCAGCUUUCGGGCUUCCAGACUGCCGUCGAGUGGCAGUUUGUUGCUCACCUCACUGCCGAUGACGGGGAGGGCAAGAAGCUCUACGUCGCCAAGCUGGAGGCUAAGCGCUGCAACCCCAGCCUCAUUGACAAUGCCAUUCCCGCCUGGAUCCUCCGCCCCCUGGUGACAUACCUCACCCUCUUCAUUGUCAGCUUCAUGGCCUUCUACCAGUCACACAAGGGCGAGAGCGCAGGCAGCUUCGCCAUGGCCGCCGUCGUGGAGGUCAUCAACACCAUGUGGAGCUUUAUAGCCCCUGAAGUGGGCAGGAGGCAGGAGCAGGCCGACAAGUGGCGAGAGGAGAAGGUUCCUCAGAUCAAGCAGUAUAUUCAGAACGCCUCAUCCCAGGCACUCGACACCGCCUCCAAAGUCCAAGCCGACCUCGAGUCCCGCGCCAAAUCCGCCGGGAUCCCAGUGGAUGACUACAAGCAGCGCACCACCCAGGCCAUCGCUGAUCUUGCCAACAACGUCGAGGCGCGCGCCAAGGCCGCUGGGGUUCCGGUGGACGAGUACAAGAAGCAGGCGGAGGCUGCGAUUGAGGAGCUGAAGAAGAGGGCGGGGGAGAUGGGGGAGUUCAUCGAGGGGAAGGCCGGUGAGGCUAAGGAGGGCGCGAGGGAUGUGGCGAAGGAUGCGCAAAAGAAGGUUGAUGGAGCCAAGCAGGGCAAGCAGGACAAGCGGACUCGUGAGAACUCCAACCAGCUCAGUCAGGACCAGCCCGCCCCUUCCCCAACCCACGCUCCUACCGUCAGCGUCACUGGCGAGCAAGCAGGUCACCUCUCGGAGAACGACCAGCGCGCCAAGGAGAUCCAAGCCGAGUUUGAGCAAACCCCGCGCACCCCUCUGGGUGGUCACGACCCCACGGCGCCCAACGCUCCGAGCUUCGCUGCGGCUGCUGCUCUCUGA